CAAACAUAUCGCAGAUUCUUGCCGGUAGUUUGCCGGUAGUUUAGUGCUAUGAGCGAUAAUCGCUCACAGUCUACUAUCAAAAUGACGUAAAAAACGGGCACCUGCUGAAUCUCGCGCCACCUGUCAUAUUUGACAGACGAUCAAACAACAACAAUGGCAGAUCUCGUAGAGAAUAGGAGCGCCUCUUGGCAGCCAAGAGAACUCGAGGAACUGCUCGAGGGCGUCCAACAAAAUUAUGAAGUGUUGUGGGGCAAAUUGUCCGGCACAUUAUCAAAGAAAGACAAAGACCGUGCAUGGUCGGACAUCGUCCAAUCAAUAAAUUCCGUAGGGGGGAACGAGAGGAACGUAGAAGAUUCAAUGAAAAAGUGGUGUGAUUGGAAGUUCCAAGUGAGCCUGUUCCCAUUCAAACAAGCUCCAAAAGCACUGCCAGCAUCCCUGCCAGCAACAGCAACAGGAAGACAAGUAUGAAGGAUUGUGAUUGUCAUCAGGAAAUGAUUGACAUAUCUCGGCAAAUGCUAGAGGAGAGUGUAAAGCGAAAUGAAAUACUGCGGGACAUAAGUUCAACACUAAAAUUAACAGCUGGCAAAGCUUUCCUGGACAACUUGUUGGAUCCCACAAAUUUUUAAAAGCGGGGGCCAUAGACAAAACUAGUCUAUAAAAUGUGUGUUAAUUAUGUUUAAAAAAAUAACACCCCAUGAUAUACAUUUUGCUGUUAUUUCUACCUUGUUUAAAGGGACCUAUUCACAGAUUUAUGCAACUACUGAAGUUUGUCAUUAAAUGCUUUAAAUUAAUAAAUGUAAACAUUG